ACGGGGGAAAUCACAUACUGUAUGUGCAAGGCAUAGGUAAGUCUCAAGGCUUAAUAAUGUUCAAGUUUUGAGCAAGUACGAAGUUACUGUGUUAGUGAUAAACAGCUUUUCGGUGAACCUAAAAUAUUUACUUGACAGGUGAACUUAAUUUGAUCUUCACUAAACUCAAAGUCAACUCAAGUCUUGUUUUAGCCAAGCAAGCCCCAAGUCCUAAAAUUACUCACUAAAGUCUGACUUAAGCUACAUUGUUUGUGUCCGGUGUAUUUGUUUCGGAUACAAGAUGAUUGAUUUUCAUUUUAAUUUAUUUCAUUAUUUCUCCCAAUUUAAAACUGUUUCCAAGUGUCAAAAUACCCCAAACGUCAACAGUUGUAGACAUAUUUUUACAGCAUAUUUCAUGUCAUGGUGACAUUUGCUCAUGGUGAGCGGUGGAUGAAUCUCAUGCUUUAUGGAGCAAUCAAGUCAGUGUCGCAUUUUCGAAGCUAAAAUACAUUUUGUCCAUUAGUUUUGUGGUGUGGUGCGUGACAUAAUUGCCCAACGCAAAUACACCCCACUCCCGCGUUGACAUUAUGUUCAGAAGUUAGUGCCAGCACCUACCUUUUGGCUUUGGCAUACUAGUGCCUGUCAAAUGUGGUUCUUUCGCUCUGGAACUUCGGCCAGCCUAUCUCCUCUGUCGUUAGUGGAGAAGCAGAUUAUUAUGUAAAUUAGUCCCACUGACGUCACAAUCUAGCGAAAUUCGGAUAGGCUUGCUCACAGACUCAUUUUCAGAAAUAAGCAGACAAUUUAAGGGCUUUGUCUUUUAUUUUGAAACACCCAUAGCGGAUACGCUCCACUCAGAGUGUGCGCGCGCACGACCCCGCACACACUGGACGCACACCUUUGCAAGUCGCGACACGCAGCGUGCCCUGGACUUAAUACUACUACUACUACUGCUACUAAAGUGGGUGAGAAAAUAUUAUUAUUAAUAUUAUUUAUUUAUUGUUCACAUUCCAAAUGUUUAAAGUUGUAGAAAUGGUUUCAAUGCUAGAUUGUUUGGGAGACUUUUGCAUUGAAUGUCACGUGAGGUUGAGCUUUUUAAUAAAGACAAUGAUGUCACAAUUAGUUAGAACAAUAUCUACUUAAUCAUGCGUAUUGUUUAUGAAUGACACAUGUUGUCGUGAAAGGAUCUGGCUUGUUUACUUUUUAGUCGAGGAGUGGGCGUGAGGAAGACGAAAAGGGGGUGGGUGGGGGGGGGUUUGGUCCUGGUGAUAAAGCAUUAGGUAAUUGGACUAUCUGAGACCGCAGACUGUGUGACGCCGGCCUCCAUAAAGCAGUUGUGGGUGAGUGUGUGUUUAGUAGACUAUAGUUUUCACAAUUUAAAAUAAAUACAUACAAAUGUAAUGUCAUCGUGGAACGUCAUGCGUGUGACCUGCUCACUUCUGGUGUGAUGCGGCAUGGUUUUGAGCAGAUGAUGAUGGAUAGACAGAAAAAUAAGCGCACGCACUCCAAUAAACACACACAGCAAACACACACGCACCCCUCCUCCUCCUGUCCUGUGAUGUGUUCUGGCCAGACAGUUCGGCUCCUGGGCGUCUUCACAAGAGAAAGAGAGACGCCACAAGAGGACCUUCCUCCUCCUCCUCCUCCUCCUCCUCCUCCUGCUGCUGCUGCUGCUGCUGCUGCUGCUGCUGCUGCUGCUGCCUGCUGCCUGGAAAACCUUCACCAGCAUCUUCUCACCUCUCUCCCGACAGAUGCGCAGGACUUGAAAGAACCACUCGGACAAAUAGGCGCUUGUUAAAGAAAAGAAGUCGGCACGUUCAUCACCUCAUCCCACGUGGGUCAAUAGGAUGCCGCAAACCUCGACCCGCAUCAUCUAGACUGGACGCAUCGGGAACGAAAAGGGACCAUGAACUCGUCCACGUCCAUCACGUCGCUCUUCUCCUUCACCAGCCCGGCGGUGAAGCGUCUGCUGGGCUGGAAGCAAGGGGACGAGGAGGAGAAGUGGGCCGAGAAGGCGGUGGACUCGCUGGUGAAGAAGCUCAAGAAGAAGAAGGGAGCCAUGGAGGAGCUGGAGAGGGCCCUCAGCUGCCCCGGACAACCCAGCAAGUGCGUGACCAUCCCCCGCUCGCUCGACGGGAGGCUGCAGGUGUCGCACCGCAAGGGCCUGCCGCACGUCAUCUAUUGCCGGGUGUGGCGCUGGCCCGACCUGCAGUCGCACCACGAGCUCAAAGCGCUCGACUGUUGCGAGUUCCCCUUCGGCUCCAAGCAGAAGGACAUCUGCGUCAAUCCCUACCACUACCGGCGCGUGGAAACGCCAGUGCUGCCGCCUGUCCUCGUGCCGCGCCACAGCGAGUUUAACCCGCAGCACAGCCUGCUGGCCAAGUUCCGCAACGCCUCGCUGCACAACGAGCCGCUGAUGCCGCAGAACGCCACCUACCCGGAGUCCUUCCCGCCGCUACCGGGCUCCUCGUCCUCCUUCUCAUCCUCGUCGCCGUCCUCCUCAUCCCACGGACGAUCGCCCGCCUCGCAGAGCUACCCCGACUCCCCCGGCAGCUCCACGGAGCCGGGUAGCCCCUACCACAUCGCAGAGACUCCGCCUCCUCCGUACAGCAUGAUGGAGUCCAGCCCCCAUGAGGACGUGAAGCCCGGCAACUCCACGGAAACCACAAAGCUCACCUUCUCCGCUCCACACAUAGAUUUGCGUCCGGUGUGCUACGAGGAACCCGAAUACUGGUGCUCCAUCGCCUACUACGAGCUGAACAACCGGGUGGGCGAGACGUUUCACGCGUCGUCGCGCAGCGUGCUGGUGGACGGCUUCACCGACCCGUCCAACAACAAAAACCGCUUCUGCCUCGGCCUGCUGUCCAACGUCAACCGCAACUCCACCAUCGAGCACACGCGGCGACACAUCGGCAAAGGCUUACACUUGUACUACGUGGGCGGCGAGGUGUACGCCGAGUGCCUGAGCGACAGCAGCGUGUUCGUGCAGAGCCGCAACUGCAACUUCCAGCACGGCUUCCACGCCACCACCGUGUGCAAGAUCCCCAGCGGCUGCAGCCUGAAGAUCUUCAACAACCAGCUGUUCGCGCAGCUGCUCGCCCAGUCCGUCAAUCACGGCUUCGAGGUGGUCUACGAGCUCACCAAGAUGUGCACCAUCCGCAUGAGCUUCGUCAAGGGCUGGGGGGCCGAGUAUCACCGGCAGGACGUGACCAGCACCCCCUGCUGGAUCGAGGUGCACCUACACGGGCCCUUGCAGUGGCUGGACAAGGUCCUCACCCAAAUGGGUUCCCCUCACAACCCCAUCUCCUCCGUGUCCUAGCAAGCAGGCAGGUGGUGGUGGGCGCUUCGCCACGGGGGCACAGCUCCUCCACAAGCCUCCGGGUUGUGGUCCUUGUUUACUGUGAGACUGACUUUCAUUUGGCUUCUUUACAGCUUGGUGUUGUUUUCUUGCAUAUCGCUGCAGCACUUAUUUGUGUGUGUGUGUGUGUGAUGUCUUUAAAUAUUAUUAUUUUAACAUACAGACCUAUGUUUAUUUGUGCUUGUAUUAAAUUUUCUUCCAAGUCUAAAA